AUGUCUCUCAAGCCUUCCACUGUGGACAAUGGGUUUAUCUUGUAUCCGCCCGCUCUGGAGAAUCCUUUCACAUCAGAUGAGUCGUAUCAACGAGUCCUCGAAUGGUACCUCCCACCGGACAUCCUCGAAACUGUCAAACAACGUCUCACCCUAUUUGCCGAGAAGGCUAUCUCGCCAGAGAUCAAUGAGUUGAUAUCAAACGCGGAAUCGCAGCAGCCCUACGUCAAGACCCAUAAUGUAUGGGGUGCCCGUUACCCAUAUGAUAGGCUGGUGACCAGUCAUGGAUGGAAAGAAUUGGGAAAGUGGGGAUCUAAAAAUGGUGUGAUAGCACUCGGCUACGAAGAGGAGUUCAAACAAUACCGGAGGCUUGUUCAACAUGCAUUUAACUAUACAUUUUCUGCGUCCUCCGCGGUAUAUUCAUGCCCGGUUUCGAUGACUAGCGGAGCGGCACGGCUCGUAUAUAAGCAGUUGGGCUCCGUGCCAGCCGGUCAUCCGUUCCAUGAAAUUUAUCGUCUUCUUACCGCCCGGGAAGGGAACUGGAUCUCAUCUCAGUGGAUGACGGAGAGACCAGGUGGUAGCGAUGUCCAGAACUCUGAGACGAUUGCUGUGUUCUCUCCGCUGCCCAACAAGACAGGGCGCUACGGGAAUAUUGAAGAAGGGGACUACCUUGUGUCCGGGUUCAAAUUCUUUUCAUCGGCUACCGACUGUAACAUGGCGCUUAUCCUGGCAAAAACAGAAUCUGGUCACCUCAGUCUCUUUGUUGCACCAACACGAAAGACGGUGGUUAUUGACGGGAAAACGCAGCAAAUGACAAACGGGAUCCGAAUUCAUCGUCUCAAAGCAAAGAUGGGCACCAAAGAACUCCCAACCGCCGAAUUGGAGCUCAACAACGUGAGAGCGCAUCUUAUUGGUCCUUUGGAUCGCGGAAUCGCUACCAUUGCACUUCUUCUGAAUGUCACCAGAACCCACAACUUUAUUACUGCUUUGUCUUGCUGGCGUCGGGGCAUGGCUAUCGCUAAGAGCUUUGCAAAGGUCCGCACCACGAUCAAUCAGCCUUUGUGGACCUUUCCAAUGCACCUCCGAAUGCUAGCAAAUAUGGAAGUGAAGCACCGAGGCGCACUCCAACUCGCAUUCUUUACUACUGCAUUGCUAAGUUUCGCGGAUAAUGGAUUUCCUCCGAAACAUGUUCAACGAAACGGCUACGUACCUCUACCAACUCCAGGAGAACAGACCGACGUCAUCCUGAGGACUCUGACCGCGACGACCAAGGCCGUGAUCUGCAAGACCGCCACGCUUGCGCUGCAGGAGUGCCAGGAGGCUAUGGGCGGAGUUGGAUAUAUGGAUGAGCCAGACGAGCCAGAAUACAAUAUCUCACGCCUCAUGCGUGACACUGCAGCCAAUAUGACGUGGGAGGGUACCACAAACGUGUUAAGCAGUGAGGUGGUAAGACAUCUCUUGAACAAGAACGGACAGCAUCUAUCUGUUUUCAGCGCAUGGAUAGAGCACGCCAUUUCGCAAGUUGGAGAUGCUGAAAUUAGAACAAGGCUGGAAUGCGCAUGGAGUGAAUAUUUCAAGAUCCUGGACAAGAAGCGCGGUGAUUUGGUUGCAGCUCUCGCCAACGGGCGGCAUUUCAUGUUCACCCUCGCGUGGCUAGUGGCGGGUACCCUGCUUGCACUUGACGCAGAAAGGGACAUGAAUGCGAUUGCUACGGAGAUUGCGCGACGAUGGGUUCUGGAAGGUGAAGGAAAUAUAGGGGACUUUCAUCUAUCGAGCGUUGUCAAGGCGUCGGAGCGCACGCUGCCAAUUAGUGACCGGGACAAGAUCAACUGGGAUUGUCGAAUUGUCUGGGAUGUUGACCUGCCUGGAGGCUCUGCAACAGGUUAUCGGGCGACAGGGGGAAACACAGCCCGUUCCAAGCUAUAG